AAAAACUAAAUCAUCCAAUAACAAAAUGUCUGAUCAAGAACAAGUGACUCCUUCUUCUGGACUUUAUACCUGUCUUGCUUGUCAAGUAGCUUUUCAAUCAGCUGAGGGGCAAAGAAAUCAUUAUAGAUCUGACUGGCAUAGAUAUAAUUUAAAAAGAAAAGUAGUUAAUCUUCCUCCUGUCACUUUAGAUCAAUUCAAGUCCAAAUCAGAAGCUCGAACUACUACUACUACUACUGAAGUAAAGAAACCUGUCGAAAAUAAAAAUUUUUGUAGUGCAUGCCGUAAAUCGUUUGGAUCGACUAAUCAAUAUGAUAAUCACAUUCAGUCCAAAAAACAUAAAGAAGUUGUUGCAAAACAAGCUGCUAAAGAAACCAGUAAAAAAACUGAAACAGCUAGCAAGGGAAAGACAACGACUGUAAAGGACAGUCCCUUGGAUUUGAGAAUUACAGAUGCAACUACUGAAGAAGAAAUAAAUGCCAUUAUUGAUGAAAAGAUCAAGUCUGCACCUCGUCUUGAAGAAACAGAUUGUCUCUUUUGUACACAUAAAUCAGAUAACUUUGAAGAUAAUAUGCAACACAUGACAAUCACUCAUAGUUUUUUCAUUCCUGAUAUUGAGUACCUUGUUGACUUGAAAGGUUUAAUCCGAUACUUGGGUGAAAAGAUUACUGUCGGUAACGUUUGUAUUUUCUGUAAUGGUAAAGGAAGAGGUAUGCGAUCAGUGGAUGCUGUUAGAAAGCACAUGAACGAUAAAGGACAUUGUAAAAUUGCAUAUGACGAUGAUGAUGAUGCAGCAGAAUUAGUUGAUUUUUAUGAUUUCUCAUCAUCUUAUCCUCAAUUAGAAGGUGAAGAUGUUGAUAUUGAUGCAGAAUUAGAAAAUAUCACAUCAUCCUUAACCUUAGCUGAUGAUGAAUUAUCUUUGGUAUUACCUAAUGGAUCUAUUGUAGGACAUCGAUAUAUGAAGCGUUACUAUGAUCAAAGAUUAAAGCCUGAAGAGACUCGAGAUUCUAUCUUAAUUAACAAACUAAUUGGUCAAUAUUCUGAAUCCCCUAUUUAUGAAUCUAUGCGUAAAUCAUCAAAUAACCCAUUAUUAAUUACAGAUGGCGGUAGACAUGGUAUGCGUCCAACAGAGGCCUUUAAAGAUCUUCGUACAAAACAUGAAUAUACAACAAAGGUUGGAAUGAACCAAAACAGAUUACAAAAGCAUUUCAGAAUUCAAAUUAUCUAGAUAAACUUUGCAUCAUUUUGUUGUGUUAUAUAUCAUAAACUCUCCCUUUUCUUCUCUUGACUAUUUAUUGUAGUAAUGAAUAAGCAAUAAAAUAAAUACCUAUCUAUUUUAGACUAGACUUAAAAGAGAAUCGAAAUAAAAGAAAAAAGAAGAAAGCCAGAUCAUGAUAGACAUUAAGAAUAGUCUUGCAUAUCUUUUUUUAUUCUCUUUUAAAGGGAAAAGAAAAAAAUUG